UGAUAAAGUUUUGCAAAAGUCUGUACAUAGUUGCGAGGCGAUAAGUUAAAAUUUAGAGAAAAUCGUGGCUUAAAAAGCAAUCAGCGCGGUAUACAUUAGCUGUAGAUUGGUAAAUAAAUAUAUACACAGCUAAUGGCUGAUGAUCCUUACAGGACAGCGGAGGUUGUUAUGCUGCUUUCCCAGGAUAAAAAGGUGCGAAAAGACCUCUGAAAGUGAGAAGGUGUCGGGGCGUGAUUUCACAGGCCUUUGCCAAUUGUCCGCUCAGGGGGGUUCACAGCUCUAACUGCCAUUGCCGUUGGGUAAUUGCAGUAGUUAGAAAGUGCCUGAUUUGAAGGCAGCGCCAGCAGCAGUUUGCUGUUAGCUGAGAUUUAUUGGUGAGAGGCUGAGAGGAACACCUGGUGCAGAGGGUUCACGGCUCUCGCUGAAGCAACAGAUGGAGGCAGAGGGAUACAAGAGGGGAAGGAGGGACAGAUGAAUGUGGCCGCAAAACCACACAGCAGGGGGACGAGCUGCUGAAAACCAUGGAGUUUGCAUGAGGUGAAACAAAAUUUGUAAUUACAGAGAGGCCUUAAUGCCAUCGACAGCCAGUGGUUAGCAAUACACACAAAAAUAGGAGUUUAGCAGUUGCUAUAGAAACUGUAGAUGUAAAGUUAAUUUCUAAAACACUGUGCACGAAAUGUGGUUACACCAGACGGCUCUGUCUUUAAAAUACAGAGAAUUCAUUCAUCAAUUUAUUCAUCAGCUCCCUCCCCUGUCCUUUUACGUGCUUCAUUCCAUGGGUGGACUCUUCAGCUUCUGAAGUGCUCAACCAGAAAAAAUCUUGUUAAUUUUUGUUCAGUGAGUGAAAGAUUCGUGUACUCGGCUUAAUUUGACACUCAUAAAACUCGUCCAUUCCUGUUUGGUCAAAACCUGCAGCUUGAGAGAUUCUGGCCUUUACAAAACCACUUUUAGUCUCUGGUGCAAAGAAGCACCUUCAGAUUCUUGUCUUUUGUGCAUUUUUUAAUUUGUGUUUAGCAGCAGCUUUUUACUGUUUUUCUUUUUUUGCUUGUUUUCUUUUUCUAAAGUCUCCUUUUCAUAAAGUGUAAAGGUAGUGUAAAGUGUUUACACAUAGCAAUAAAGAAUAUAACUCCAUGUACUUACGUUAUCACAAAUUGAAUAGAACUAGUGAGUGACACACUAAACUAAAACUGUACAGUUGACUACAUUCAUAAAUUAUAAGGACCCAGAAGCAGUGAGAAGUUCAAGGGUCAAAACAAAAGAAAGGCUGCACAGAGGUGAACAGCUCUGUGUAAGUAGACUUUGAGCCGUUGGUAAUCAGCCUGCAAAUGUAGAUCCAGGAGUACUAUGCAGCUAUGCAACCUCAUCCUCUUACAUAAGCUAAGAUAAACAACCUUAACCCCAAUUAGAUUUAUCUGCUAACAGCCUCAGCCUGGGUCGCUGUGUGUGACUUAACUACAUACACUAAAAGACAGAAUUUAAAACAACUUGAAAGACUGGAGAGCUUUACCAGCCUGCUGCUCUUUGCAAGAGCAUACUAAUAUGUAUUUCGUGGAAAAGCUGAACUUACUCAUGAAAAAUCCUUUUUUUUUUGUUUUUUGGAGCAUUUUCUGUGAAUUGUGAAGAGAAGUGGUCACAAUAAGGCCCUUAAAUAAUCAUUUACAGCAAUGCAACAAAAUAGUCUUUAAAAAAUAUACAGUCCUUUAUAAGGUUGUGCCAAGUGUCAGCCCAGACAAUAAUAACAGUUCUAUGUCUCCUGUUUAAAAAAAUAUUUUUGACACACUGUCACAUAGUUUGAUUAGAGAUUGAUGUCAGCUUUAAAUGCGUCUUUGAGGCUGUAAUUGAAUUUCUUGGGCGGCUGUAACGCUGUAAAACACUGGGUUGUACUUGACACGCUCUCUGCUGUGUCAUGUCCGGGGUGAGCUGACCAUGACUUUUCAUUUUUACCUGUUACGCAACUGUUAACCUCUGCCCAAUUUUCAUACUUAUUUGAGUGUUGUGUGUGAGUGUGUGUACACGUUACUUAAGAACAGGGUGAACUCUAUUCAGCUUCCAUUUAUACUUAACGGAUACACGUAGAGGGACCUAGCAACAGCUGAAAAAGGGACAUAAUGGUACUCCUCCUGUGUUUUGGCCUGUCGCUGCUGGCGGCUGUCCAGUCCAGCUCCGUCAAGAACUGCCACCCUGGUUGCCACUGUGAGGUGGAAAGCUUUGGGCUGUUCGACAGCUUCAGCCUGACCAGGGUGGACUGUCGAGGGUUGGGACCCAGCACCACCAGGCCUGUCCCAAUCCCGCUGGACACUGCCCAUCUGGACCUGUCCUCCAACUCCAUGGGCCCGCUCAGUGACACCAUGUUAGCUGGUCCAGGCUACACCACUCUGGUCAGCUUGGACCUCAGCAGCAACCACAUUACAAAGGUGAGCCCCCGUGCUUUGUCCAAGCUGCGUUACCUGGAGACUCUGGAUCUGAGCCACAACAACCUGGACACCCUCCCCCUGAGCUGUUUCUCCGGCCUCCCUCUGGCUGAAGUCGACCUCAGCCACAACAGCUUCCAGGAGUUCGACAUGGAUGUGUUCGCUACUAAAGUCAAUGGUGAACCUGUCAGCGUGGAUCUGUCUCAUAACAAGCUCACGUCAGUCUCCCCAGCUUCCCAUGGAAGAGUAUUACACAUUCAAAGCUUAAAUCUGUCGGCAAACUGGUUGUCGAGCGUACCGAAGCUGGCAGGUCUUCCGUUGAGGUACCUCAAUCUGGAUGGUAACCCCAUCAUGCAGAUCAAGGAGGGAGCCUUUGCUCAGUUGAAAGAUCUGGUUUAUUUAUCCAUCAGCGGCCUCCGUGAGCUACAGGAAAUUGAGCCUUACAGCUUCAAGGGCCUCCAGAGCCUCCAGGUUCUGGAUCUCUCCAACAACGACAAGCUGAAGACUCUUAGCCCUGCUGUUUUUAGCGGACUAGACUCCCUGCAAGAGCUGAAUUUGUCGGGCUCCGGUGUGGCAUCCUUGCCAAAUAACAUGCUGACCCACCUGCCCAGUAUUAAGAGCAUUACACUGGGACGAAGCAUCCACUGCUGGAGGACCCAGAAACAGGGGCAGUUCCACCGGCAGCUGGGUCAGGUCCAACACAACGAGGUUCUGAACUGUAACGUGGAGGGCAUCGUGUUGUGAGACUGUGCCUGUGGACGUGGACCGCUCCUAACAGUCCUGAUGCCAGAGCUGUGCCUUAUCUGCGUUGAUAUGCAAAACACAUUUUUGUGCGUAACUCUCACUCAAUUACCUCUGUUCCAAGGGGAAACUUUGGAAUAUGUGUUAAAAGUUUAAUGCAGCCUUCAUGAACUCUUGACACAAGUAUCUCAAAUGCUGUUCCUUUUAGAAACACAGUGGCAGAAUGUACAGCAUUUUAAAGGAGCACAGAUCAAUUACUUUUACAUCUUAACAUACAGUAUAGUCUAAGGUCAUAGAGAAACUUUUAUAGAUCCAAAACUUUAAGUAAUGUUUGUACUUAAUGUGUUUUAUUUAAAGUGGGACCACAUUUAGUUAUUUGCACUUAUUCAGGUUGCAGAUUUUUUUUUGAAUAAUGCACUUACACAUGGCCAAAAUGUCAUCCAGUGCGAUACAAAAACUUCUGCUGACCACUAAGAAUUUUCAUUUGACUUUGAAUGUGAUGCUUUAUGGAAACAAUUAAAGGAAUAGUUCGACAUUUUCAUGAAAUGCACGUAUUUGCUGUCUGGUGGAAAGUUAGACGAGGUCAUUGAUAUCACUCUUAUAUCUGUUUGUUCAGUGUGGAGCUACAGAACUAGGCUAGCUGUUUCCAGUCUUAAUGCUAAGCUAAGCUAACUGGUUGGUUAUAGCUUCAUAUUUACCUUACAGACAUGAGAGUGGUAUCAGUCUUCUUAUCUAACUCGCUGUAACAAAGUAAAUAGUUUUCCAUAUUGUCGACCUGUACAACCCAAGGACCAGAAAUCAUUUAUCUAGCGUAUCCUGCGUGGGACACUUACAACAAAGACUUGUUACACACACUGUGACAAAAAUAGUUGAGGGUAAAGUUCUUUUCAUGCCACAGCCACAAAAUUACCAUUUUAUUAUUACUUGAAUUUCCUUCUAGAAGUAUUAGCCCAAAUCUGACAACUUGUCCAUUGUCUUUGGACAAUUUCUCUUCAUCCUGACACUAAGUUUGGUGGACAGCCUUUGUAACUUAGGUGCAUGCGUCCUUUAAUACGACGGUCACUGGUCUGUGUUACGUUUUGUUUCGAUAACAUCACACCGCUGGAUUAAACAAGCUGCGUCCAUGUUGACUGGGACUUUAUCUUCUGACAAACCGGUCUGCAGCUGAAUGAGACAGUUGUUUCAAAACAGAUCUGACCAGUGAACUAUGACAACUUUCACCUAUUUAGUAAUGAAGCGAUGCCAGUAUCUGUUGAUAUUUAGACACCCAGCUGCACUGUGCUGUCACCUCUAACCUUUCCUUAGCAUUCCUGUGGUAUUUCUAAGAAGACGAUCAGCCUGAAGACUGCAUAUUAGGGUUUUGAAUGUCAGCUGUUUAUAAAGGUUUUGGUUUUGAGACCACCUUUUUCAGUUGGUCAAGUGAAAACCCGAUGAGCCCAGUCUUGGUGCAAAAUUUAUAUUUGUAUGUAUGUAACUAUAUUGUAUAUAACUUUAUAUAUAUAUGUAAAUGAAUCAUAUGUGUAAUAAAUGGACUAUUCUCACA